GAUGGCAUAGGUCAUGUUCGUACGGAGUUGGAUGUUAUCAAAAGCGGCCGACAGGGUUUGUAUCUUGUUGCGGGUGUACCUUGGGCAAAGAGUCGACAUGGUCGUUUCCCAAUCCCACGUACUGUCUGCUGGAUUGGCACCGCACCACUACCCAUUGGAAAGGCUCUUUCCUCCAUGGUGUUGUACCCCGAUAAUACUGCAGAAAAUGGUUAUGCUAACAUCACCGUCAUGAAUGCCACGAUGAGUGAUGAGGAUGCCACCUCAUGGUAUCACACGCUGCCUACCUCCAUUGCAUCCUCACCUCCUGCGGCCUCAAAGAAUGGAGCACUGCGUUGUUUUGUAAGUGUGAACACAUUGUUGAAGAAGACUCGUUUGACGUAUGUUCUUGAAAUAACUUCGGAGAAGCAGAAUUCCGAUAAUGGAAAGAAAAUCCAGGCCUCUGAGUGGCUAUAUACACGCCCACAAGGUGGGAAAACCGCUCUCCAUGAUGAUUUGGGGACAAAUGAAAUACUAGCUGCGUGUCUUGCUCGCUCUGUCGUCAUGCGAAACAAGAGUCUGUCGAAGGCCGAUGGCCUCAGUAAAGGUAUGUUGCACGAGUCCCUGCUAGAUGGUACGGUUCCCGAAGCUGUGAUGUAUGAGGCAUGGCGAAGCGUGGCUUUGGGAAGAAGUGCUGUUGUGACGAUGUCAAUUCUGGAGAAACUUUCUCAGUCUAUGGAGGUGAACGUCACGCAGGAAGUUCGUGAAUUGGCCAAUGCUCUUCGUCAUUUUCUAUUGACUUUCCUUGUGGAACUGGAUUGGAUUGCACACGCCGACAAUAGCAUCCUUCGUGAUAUCACGUUUCUUGUGCUUGGGGCUGUCAACACUCAAAAACUAUUACCGGGACGUCGCGAUUCGGCAGUACGCGAUGAAGAUUCGUUUGUUUCUCUGCUCGCACCCAAUGAACGACGUAGCAUGUAUUGGCUAUUAAGACAAAGUGAUAUGUGGUUACCACUGGUAGCCGCGCUCUUUGCUUGGGUGAAUCAUAUCCCCCUUAGUAGUGAGGAUGAGGGCGAGGGCGAAAUUCUUCUGGAGGAUGUCGUUCAGAAGUGGGAAAAAAUGGCUGCGUGUGAGUCUGGCGGAGGUCGCGCGUUUGAUGAUCUCUUAAGGCACUUACGUCGAUCUCAAAAUACGUCCAAAUAUCAGCAUGCUCUGGUGGUUCUUAUGCGUGGCAAUCUUUCGCUGCGCGAGAUCGCAUCGUUUGCCGUGUGGAAAGAUGAUGACGUGCGAAAUCCUUUUAUUGUUUUUUUGCAGCUUCUUUUGGAAGUGGCUGUGGCGUGUGAGGAUGCCGCGGAAGCAUCUUCUGCCCCGAACGUGGACAUAAGUCAAAUCGUCUUCUUUGCCGUCCAGGAACGCCUGCAGUCCGAUGGUACGCUUGGGGCAUUAUUGGAAUUUCUGCAUGAAUGGAACUUCAGUUUCCUUGAGGACUGGCCGCUUACUGCCAUGUCCGGUGGCCUGCCGGUGGUGUAUCUCAUCCUCCACCUCGCCACCGCUGACAGGAGCGGAAAAACGCAGGAGUCGCACCGCUUCGUCUCAAGAGCGGCGCAAGUGUUGCGUUGGUUGUGUGGGGAUCGAGUGGAACGGGCAGCAGAGGUGCUGAACGCGUUGUGCGCCGCGAAAGUUCCUCUUUUAGCGCUCUGUUUCACCGAGCGUCAAAGAAGAAAUUAUUUUAGGUCUCCUGAAGCCCCUCCGAGCGGGGACAUCUAUGCAGGAGGCGGCGGUAGCAAUAUCAGUCGGGCCAUGCACCAUAUCUUGGGCUCCUCCACGGCGUCUCUUCUGAGAGGCGCCCUCACAGAUUUGGGGGUUUGUAGUCCCACAGAUGACACGAACAGUGAAAAGUUUAUCCUUUUUUUGUGGACACUUGUGCUGGAGAAUGACGAGUCAGCUGCCUUUAACCCCAAUCUCCUGCAGCUGCUUUAUGAAGCACUUUUUGCAAGCAGUGGGGCAACGCUUCAGAAAUCUGUUCCCAGGGCCGUCCUGCUGCUGGAAUUUCUUCGGCCUGUCUUUUUGUCAACGUUCCCGCGAGUGUUCGCUGCGGUGGGAGAUCAACAGGGAACUGUAGGGUGUGCACUUGCCGCCACUGCGGUUUCUCCGACUUUACCGAGCGCCGCCGUGCUGGGACCGCCACUGGACGAGACGGAAAGUGUUGAACGUGUCUGGAUAAAGACGCUGCAUGAAAUACGGCGAUUGAUUAACCUGCACGUUGCGGACUGUCUUGAAGUUCAGUGUCUUUCAUUGCUUUUCAACGCCUUUGAGGCGUCGUGUACCACACUGUCUGAGGGACCCCGCAGCGGGAGUGAGGCGGCAACCGAGGACAUACCCUUUACCUUCUCUCCGGCAGAAAUGUACUUUUUGGCCUUGCAAGUAAUCUCCAAUGAACCACCGCGCUUUGUGGUUGCCGUGGAAGUCAUGCGGCGAAGAAUACGUUCAUAUGUCCUGCACAAAAUGCGACUGGCGAUACAACGUGCAGACGAGGGGUUGUUAUCGUCGAGGACGUCGGAAGUGGACGACGCCAAACCCCUUCUGGGAAAAUUAAAAAGAGACACGCUGUGGUGGGACAGCAAGGUGUAUCUGAACGAUGUGGCGGAGAAUCUUGCGCUAGUCAUCUCUGCCUUUGAAAAGGCAGCACCGCUGUACUCCCACGCCGUGUUGUUUCUUUUUCUCGAUGAAUCAUUGGCCCUAAUGGAGGAUUCGGAACUGGGACGUGGAGAAAAGGAGGAGAGGCCGGUUUCAGAGGAUGUGCGAGGUGAGAUGCUUCAAUGUGUUCGUCAAGCGGCACACUCCCGGUGGGCGAAGCUGCACCGACAGGAGAAGAAAUUUCUUUUCCGUCUGCUCUCACAUCGUCUUUCUCUUCCCGAUCAAGAGAAAGCGGAGGGGGAUGUGUACCAUCGGAAUGAAGUGCACCAACAAGUUGUCAGGGAUAUGGCCCGCAUGAAAGAGGCCCUGCAGCAAAGGAAUGUGAGUGCAGCGUUGUUGAGAGCCGUACGAAAAGAUGCUUGCCAUUCCUCGUCCCGUGGAGGGAGUACAGUUCACAUGGAUAGUAAUGAUGAUAUGGGAAGCGGCAUAUCAAUGUUUUCAACGGAACUCGAACUUCUUUUUAAAGAGGAGGCUUAUGUACGACAAAGUUUACAGCGACACUUGAGGCAGGAGUAUGAUAACCUUAUUGGUAGUAGCGCCUUUUGUGCUGCUCUGGGAACAUUGUAUCUGGCGCUGCGGGAGGAACAACGUCGGCGUGUGUUUGUUGUCUUUGUUAUUGAACAGGAGGACAUUUUAUUGACAUUUGGUUUUAAUUUUUUUUCUCUGAUGAAAGAGGCAUUUCGACGUGGGGUGCGUGUGUUAUGGAAGAAUGCGAUGGAGUGUUUUCAAAGGCAGCUCCGCUAUCUUCUAUUGCAAGAGCGGGAGUCACGGUCUGCUGUGGAGGCCGUUUGCUUUGUGGAGCACAAAAUACUCGUUGAUCUCUCCAACCAGCAGUGCGCCGUGUUUGACGCCGAGAACAGUCUACGUCUUUCUCUUGUAGAGGAGGAGGAGGCGCAUCGCGACACCUUUUAUGAGCUCUUUGCGAGGGAGGAGAUGAUGGCGCAGCGGCGGUACGAGGCGCGGCUGGAGGAGGAGGCGUGGCGCGAGGAGGAGGCGCAGUGGGAGAUGGAGCUGCAAAGGCGUCAAGAGGAGGCGGGUGAUGAAAAGGGGGCGGACACGAUGAGGCGGAGCAGCCGACAGCACACCUGCCUUGAGUGGCAGCAGCGCCAACUUGCCGCGACGGAAGAAAAGGGAUCGGUGUUUUUGCGGCAGCCAUCGCCACGAAAAGAAAUCCAAGCACCAUCGCCGCUGCCAACAUCAUCGUCGUCAUUGGCGCCUCCUCCUGCGGCAACACGAGCCGCAGUAAAAGCAACUGCAACACCACCUGUCGAGGCGUUACCGCCAGCGAAUGCACUGGCGCCACUUAUCCAAAUGGACAGCACAACAGCGACGUCUGUGGAGGCUGGCGGGUUUAACGCAUUGUUGGAUGCCUCCGAGUCGCUCUUUGGUGCCUUUUCACGACUGCAAAGGCAAAUUAUAACCACCGUGGCUCCACCACCAACCGCGAGUGCCAAGAACGACACUUCCAACGUAUUUACGGCCAUUGCGCCGUUAAAACAGGAACGAGAAGAGGAUAAGGGGGAGAACGAAGGAGAACGCAUGGAACAUUUUCCCAGGACGUCUCCCCCAGUGAUAACAUCUGCCCUUAAAACGUCUCCAUCCAUCACGGAAAAGAAAGAGGGAUGGGACGAUGUCUUGGAGGACAUGUCGCCCCCGUCCACCCAAACUGGCCGUGAUGAUGACCUGGCGAAAAAAGAACAGGGCGCCUUAGAAAAAACCCCUACGAGCCAUGAAGAUAGCAGCAAACGCCUUCGGCUAAGAGCGUCUACAAAAACGAGUAAAAUUCGUGCCCCACGACAAAGACGUCUUGGCGACGUGCUCUGCCUUGAGAAGGCACCUGAGGAAAAGAAAGAAACGGAUAUCACGCACCAUGAAGAGAAACCGCAUGAAAACGAACCACAAACGCGGAGCGAAGUCACUGUUUCCAAGGGAGAUGUUGCUCUGUGCGCCUUGGAGGAGAAAGAGGUGUCUCCGUCUGUGGAUGAUGACAAGAAAAAAGUUGCAACUAUUGGCUCUCAUGACGCCGAUCAAACCUGGACGAAGCAGGCAUGCAGUGGUUCCGCAGAAGGCGACCAAUUCCCCACGAUGGAGCUGAAGGCUGACGUGCCGCAAGUGUUGAUGGAUGAAGCGAAAAAGAAGGAAGAAGAGGGAGAAAAAGAAGAAGAAGUGCCGGCCCUGCGUUCUGAGACGUCAAUGCCCUUAAAACGUGAUGAGGAGACAGCUCGUUUUGCCCUCUUUCGGGAAGAAAGGUUGGCACGUGCCCUUUUAUUUCGCUGUUUCAUUCUGGUGGCGUAG